CGAAUCCAAAUAAAUACACGCGCACCUGGAGAAUCAGCACCAUUUUCUCUCUCUAUUCUCCGCAAAGACAAAGGCUGCUCUGCAACCCAGCCUCCACUUUAAGCUCACCAACUCCAAAUCUCUCUCUCUCUCUAACAGACCAGAUGACCGCCGUGACGGUGACACCGGAGAACUGCGGGGGAGUAUCGACUGCUUGUCAGGCGUACCUGGAGAGCAAAGCAGUGCAGGACACCAGGAGCUUGAUGUCGGAGCUCUGUCGCCACUUCUACACCCUCGGAUGGAUGUCCGGGACAGGUGGCAGCAUCGCCAUGAAGGUCCACGACGACUCCGUUCCGCGGCCUCGCCAGCUCAUCCUCUUAUCCCCUUCCGGAGUCCAGAAGGAGAGAAUGGAACCCGAGGACAUGUACGUGUUGUCUGCAGACAGUUCUAUCUUGUCUUCACCGUCUCCCAAGCCUUACCCAAAUAAGGCACCUAAGUGUACGGACAGCGCUGCUGUUUUCUUGAAGGCAUUCGAGUUGCGCAAUCCAGGAGCAGUCAUCCACAGUCAUGGAAUGGAGUCAUGCCUUGUAACCAUGAUCAAUCCAUUAGCAAAAGAAUUUCGAAUUACUCAUAUGGAGAUGAUUAAAGGAAUCCAAGGGCAUGGUUAUUAUGAUGAACUUGUGAUCCCAAUUAUAGAGAAUACUGCUCAUGAACACGAACUUACGGAAUCUCUUGCAAAAGCGAUAGAAGCGUACCCAAGAUCGACAGCUGUACUUGUUCGGAACCAUGGUAUAUAUUCAUGGGGAGACUCAUGGAUUAGUGCCAAAACACAGGCUGAAUGUUACCAUUAUCUUUUUGAUGCUGCAAUCAAACUUCAUCAAAUGGGCUUGGAUUGGUCGUCUCCAAGUCAUGGCCCUCUUCAAUAUGGAAAAGGCACAUUAGCUGAUGGUGGCAAGGCUGGAAUAAUCGGAUCUAGUCUUCAAAUCAAGCCACUUCCGAGAUGCAUUCUUCUGGACAUUGAAGGAACCACUACACCCAUAUCAUUUGUGACUGAUGUUCUUUUUCCAUAUGCACGGGAUAAUGUUGGGAGGCAUUUGUCUGCGACAUUUGAAACUUUAGAAACUCAAGACGACAUCAAAUUGUUACGGAGCCAGGUUGAAGAUGAUUUGGCAAAAGGUGUUCCUGGGGCCUUGCCCAUUCCCCCAGAUGAGGUAGGGAAGGAAAAAGUGAUGGCGGCUUUGGUUGUUAACAUUGAAGCAAUGAUAAAAGCUGAUCGCAAGAUCACUGCCUUGAAACAAUUGCAAGGUCACAUAUGGCGCACUGGCUUUCAGAAUCAGGAAUUGAAGGGAGUAGUAUUUGAGGAUGUCCCGGUGGCUCUUGAAAAAUGGAAUGCCCUGGGCAUAAAGGUGUACAUAUAUUCUAGUGGCAGCAGAUUAGCACAAAGACUCUUAUUUGGGUAUACAAAUCAUGGAGAUCUGAGGAAGUAUCUUUAUGGAUUUUUUGACACUACAGUGGGGAACAAAAAAGAAACAAACAGUUAUGUCGAGAUAUCGGAGUCACUAGGAGUUGAUAAGCCAUCAGAGGUAGUAUUUCUGACUGAUGUCUAUCAAGAAGCUGUUGCUGCAACGAAUGCAGGUCUUCAGGUGAUUGUCUCAGUUCGGCCUGGAAAUGGACCUCUUCCAGAAAAUCAUGGGUUCAGAACAAUCAAUUCAUUCAUGGAGAUCUGACGGCAGAGUUUGGUUUAGUUAAUCAUGAAUCUGGUGUUGGAUGAAGAUCCUCUCAGGCAAUAGAUUAUAAUAAGUUUGACAAUGACCGAAUGACAUCGAUUUUCGUCUUUGUAACGAGAGGGUACAGCUGCUUGUUCCAUCACAUUUUCGAAUGUCAUUUCAAGUAAAUGGAUAACUGACGUGAUCCCCAA